AGUAACUACAAAACCCAACCCACUUGCCUUAGUGCAUGCUGGCCUCCCACAAAGCCUCCUUCUUUCCUACUUUUUCUCCUCACUUUCCUAUUUGGGAUUCAAACCCACAUACCCAAAACCAUCAAAUGAACACCUAGAAAGUUUUGUUUUUCAAAAGCUUCAAACACAAAACAAACGCCCUUCUCCAUACUUUGAAACUCUCCCCCAAUAUGGCUCCCAACACCAAGCCUAAAAAGGGCUUUCUUCCACCCCAAACAAGCCUCACAACAACCCUUUUCUUCAUUGUUCUCUUCACCAUUCCAGCUCUUCUUCUCCUCCAUGCCCCUUCCACCUCCAUCUCCAACACCUUCUCCUCCCAUGCCAGUCCCUGGACCGGUGACCUCCGUGUAGCUGAGUUCGCCUGGAACCGCCUGGAGCUGGGCGGGAGCCGUGCCCCACCCGUCGUCCUCAAGAUCGCGGUCUUCUCAAGGAAAUGGCCUAUUGGCACAGCCCCAGGUGGCAUGGAGCGCCAUGCCCACACGCUGCACACAGCCCUAUCCCGCCGCGGCCACCGCGUCCACAUCUUCACCUCCCCGCCUGGAGACCAGAGAGGAGCAGCUGCUUUGCAAGAAAUGAAUAUGCAGCCUAACGGCACCCCAACGUCCUCAUCCCCGAGAAUUCACUGCCAUGAAGGGGAACCAGGGCGGUGGCGCUACAACAAGGCGUGGGAGCAGUUUGUUGAGGAGAACCGCAAAGACCCUUUCGACGUAGUCCACUCAGAAAGCGUCGCGCUGCCUCACUGGCUGGCGAAAACUCUCCCCAACCUUGCGGUCUCAUGGCACGGUAUUGCCCUUGAGAGCUUGAGCUCAGACCUCUACCAAGACUUGGCCCUGCGUCCCCCCGGGGAGCCCAUCUCUCCAGGCUUCAACAGGAGUGUCCAAGGGGUGAUCCCAAAAGUCCUGAAUGAAAUAAGGUUCUUCCACAACUAUGCCCACCACGUAGCCAUAAGCGAUAGCUGUGGAGAAAUGCUAAGGGAUGUAUACCAAAUCCCCACCAAAAGAGUCCAUGUGAUUCUGAAUGGAGUCGAUGAGGAAGACUUCCGGCAGGACCUGGAGCUAGGUCACCAGUUCCGGUCCAGAAUCGGGAUCCCACAAAACGCUAGUUUAGUACUAGGAGUUGCAGGGAGGCUAGUGAAGGACAAAGGGCAUCCCAUACUCCAUGAGGCCUUCUCCAGGUUCAUAAAACGACACCCAGAUGCCUACUUGAUUGUUGCAGGCUCAGGGCCAUGGGAGAACAGGUACAAGGACUUGGGGCGCCAGGUACUAGUCUUGGGAUCCAUGAAUCCUUCCCAGCUUCGGGCCUUCUACAACUCGAUCGACGUCUUUGUGAACCCAACUCUUAGGCCCCAGGGGCUCGAUCUCACUCUAAUGGAGGCCAUGAUGAGUGGGAAGGCUGUAUUGGCAUCAAGGUUUCCAAGCAUAAAAGGCACAAUUGUGGUUGAUGAUGAGUAUGGGUUCAUGUUUUCUCCAAAUGUGCAGUCACUGUUGGAAGCAAUGGAACAAGUGGUGAAAGAGGGAAGAAGAAGGUUAGCACAAAGGGGAAAGGCGUGUAGGAUAUAUGCAACCUCUAUGUUUACUGCAACCAAGAUGGCCUUAGCAUAUGAGAGGAUGUUUCUUUGUAUAAAAAAUGAAACAUUUUGUAUGUACCCUUAGGCUACAGGGAUAGAACAUAAUUUUUUCUUUUAAUUUUUUCUCUUUUUUUUUUCUUUCUAUUUUUUACUUUGAGAGUUCAUUUUAAUAGGAGAAUAUAUUGCUUAUAAUAAUUUCUUUUUAGGAUUAA